UCUGCCAAAGCUAACUGGGAUCGACGCUCACAGACGGCCAGUAAACAUCUGUAGACCCGCAGGAGACGGACGGCAAUGGCGACCGGUGACAACCAGGCAACUUUUGAGUCAUGGCUCAACCAGGCCACAGACCCAAACAAUGAGGAAGACAGAUGGGACUGCAUCCAGAGCUUCUACCAGCUCGUCGACCAAGAGACUGAUGGGCCACAGGUAGCCAUUCGCCUCCUCGCGCAUAAAAUCCAGUCGCCACAGGAGAAAGAGUCUCUGCAGGCUCUCACUGUUCUCGAGGCAUGUAUGAACAACUGUGGAAAGAGGUUUCACAGCGAGGCUGCCAAGUUUCGCUUUCUCAAUGAACUCAUCAAGCUCUUAACACCAAAGUACUUUGGCGCCUGGACUCCACAGAACGUUAAAGACCGAGUGACGGAGAUCCUCUACGGCUGGACUCUUUGGCUUAAAGAAGAACCCAAGAUCCUCCAAGCUUACAGCAUGCUGAAGAAACAAGGUAUCGUGAAGAAAGAUCCCAAACUGCCAGACACAGUCAUCAUGGCACCUCCAACGCAAAGAACCACAGAAUCUGUUUUCGACCAGGAGGACAAGGCCACGCUGUUAGCCAGAUUAUUGAAAAGUGCUCGUCCUGAAGACCUGGAAACUGCCAACAGACUCAUUAAAAGCACCAUCAAAGAGGAGCAGGAGAAGGCAGAGAAAGUGUCAAAGCGUGAGUGUACUCUGCAGGAGGUGGAGAGCAGCACCAAACAGCUCAGAGAGCUACUUCACCAACACACGAUCACCGGAGCUUUGGUGCAGCCGAGCGACGACGUGAAGGCCGUGUACGAGCGCUGUGAUCGACUGAGGCCCAGAUUGUUCCGUCUGGCCAGCGACACGAUGGACGACGACGCAGCUCUGGUGCAGAUCCUGGCGGCUAACGACGAGCUAACACUUGUGGUAAACGCUUACAAGAACCGAGCGGGAAAGAGAGAAGUUAACGGUGGAAGUGAGGAAGGUCAAAAUAAAGCUCCAAAGAGUCCCAGAGAGAUUAAAAGCUACCACCUCAUUGACCUGUCAGCACUGGACUCUCCACAGACGCAGCGAAGAGCUGAUUCAACACCAUCCUCGAAUCCUCCCAUGUUUUCCUCUCCUCCUGAAAGCACCUUCCACUCAGUGGCUGAACAGGACUUAAAUGAAUUAGAGUUAGAUAAUCUGCUCUCCAAACGGACUCACGAGACUUCAAGGUCGUAUUCUGAAGAACUGCUGCAGUUUAAUGGAGAGGUGCAGAUGAAAAAUGCUGAGCAGAACGGGGGUACGGUGUUGAGAGCCCGUGGAUGUGGGGGGAGCAGUGCCACACAAAAUGGGACUAACAUUUGGUCUCACAAUCGACAGUUUUCAGACUCAGGAUCAUCGUCCAAGUCGCAGAAACGACUCAGUGAAAUGUCGAGAUCUCCAGAGAAAGUAGAGGAGAGCUCGUUCACCCCACAACUACUGAAGAACAUCUUGGUUCCAAUGGAGACCAUCAAAUCCAGUGAUCUCGAGCCGAUCCCUUUAUACGAUCAGGGCGGCGUCCACGUCUCUCUCCAUUUUGCCAAAGACUCUGCGCCGGGUCAUCCAGGUGUCGCCGUGGUCGUCACCUCCACCGUGAACACAUCUGUCCUCGCUGUGAAAGACUUCCUGUUUCAAGCUGCUGUUCCCAAGAACAUGUUGGUGAAGCUACAGCCUGCCUCGAGGACACACCUACCUCCUUACAACCCUCUCCUGCCUCCGCCUGCCAUCUCCCAGGUCCUCCUAUUGGCUAAUCCUCAGAAGCGGAAGCUGCGUCUACGCUACAAGCUGACCCUGACACAUGGAGACAAACAUCUGAACGAGACCGGAGAGAUUGAGAACUUUCCUGACUGGACCUCUUUGAUCGGCCACUGAAAAACUUCUGAGACUCGGAUUAAAAAAAACACAAAACUCUGGAGCGGAAAUCUUGAUCCUUAAAGCCGAGCGAGAAAAGCUCAACACAAAGGUGGGAACCUUGUGACGACGCCUCUCGAGGUAAACGAAGAAGCACAACAGGAAGAUAUCAAGUCUGUAUUUUCAGUGUUUUCUGAUGCAAUAAUGAUGAAAUAAUCUCAAAGAUCUCUAUUACUCUAAAAAGGUGAGUAAACUCUAGUUCACACGUACAAAUGUUAACAGUUCAGGGGUGUACGGUACGUCCAUCUUUGUUCCUGAUUCAGGUUCUCAGUAUUCUGCUGUAUUCUGUCGUUAAAGAGCAGAUAAUAAAGUUCACUGUUCCCACGUGACUGCGGACAUGUAGCUGUUACAUGUCUGCUUAUGAAAACUGGUAUUUCCCAGUGUUCCUUAAGAUGGCAGAUGUUGUGUUUUUAUUUUGUAUUUAUUUUAAGGAUGUAAAUGUGAGAGAAACCUUUGAGAAAAAGAUUUGUAUGCAUUUUGUUGGAUAAUAAAACUGAUGAAUGAAAUGUUG